AUGUACGUGGAUCUGCUUGCUAAUCCGCCACCUUCACCGCACCCUUUCGGGGCCUUCCUUGAAGAAGCGGCGUGUUUGCGGACCCGGGCAGCCGCGGUGGCAUCACCUAAUACUGCGCGAGGCGCAAACGACAGUGAGGGCGCGUCAUCAGGGUUAGUAGUUGCUGGGGAUGAAAAUGCAGAGCCACCUUCGUUGCGGGAGUUGCUGCGAAAGGAGCACGGCUACUCUGCGGGGACGGCGAUGCACCGCAUUUGGGUGGAGUGCCCGCAGGAGUAUCUGGCAGGGAUGGCGCGGCGGAUUGCGGAUGUUGUCUCGACGUGUGUAAUGCCUCUGCUCGCCAGCGAAAAGAACGGAGGAGGUGUGUCUCCCUCUCAACCUGAGACGAUCAAGGCGAGUGGGACCACGCCCGUUGCUGGGGCGGAGCGAGACCGUUAUGACAUCCAUGUCCGCUUUCUCCCCUCGUCCGCUCCCCGACUCCAGUUUCAUGCACCCAUCUCGAAGGUCUUCUGUGCGGAGGUGAUUGUGCGAGACGUGGAGGCGCUGCAGCGACUUGAAGAGGAUGCAGACCUCCUGCGGGUGCAGUACACUUCGGUGGCGGCGGAGGGGCAGACGGUUCAGAGCGCGUUGGCAUUUUGGCGGGGCGUCAAGGUGGAUGCGGUGGUUGAGGACAGCGAGGGGCUGUCAGCUGAUGGUAUCUCGUCGGCCAUCGUGCUAGGCCGAACCAGCGACCCGGGUAAUACGAGGCGUGUCCGCAAGACUUCGGCGGGGGAGGAGCGCGCUGCGUGGAUGCAGCCGCCUGCAAAGCGUUCGCGACAGGCGACGACUAGUGCCGCUGCGGCUGCUACUGCCAGUUCCUCCAACACGAGGAGGCGAACGGCACCCCAAACGACGGAGUCGGAGGCACCGCAAGUUUUGCUGCAGAGCUCGGCGGGGCUUGUGGCGGUGUUUUAUCUUGCAUUCAGCGGCGCUCUGUACACCGGCGUGGUGUGCGGCGCGGCAGAUCCACCCACGUCCCCAGCGCCACCCCGCGUGGAGGCUAGCUCUGAUGACACCCUGGCAGAGAAGCGGGUGGAGGCGACUGCAACGCCGCAGGAUGCUGAGCCCGUUCUCUUCCUUCCCUGCGCCUCCAGCACCAGUUUUGUGUGCGGCCUACUCGGGCUGUAG